AUGAUACAUGUUUUGAAGCUGAAGGCCGUCAACGGUUUAUAUGACAGUGCCACUGCGGUGUCUGGACACAGCCCAUACCUCUACGAAAGAUUUUGUGUAUUCGAAAGGUUGUAUCGUGCUCAACGCCUGAUCAUCGCUGGGCUUGACAAUGAGCGUGUACGGCGGUGGUCGGGGUCCCUGAGAAAGCAGUGUUGUGACAAUGUGACGGUUGUUGUCGUUGUCGCUGUUUACGCUGUUUCUGAGCGGCAGUUGGUUGUAGCGAGACAAUCAAAGCCCGCUAGGAAAGGCGCUGCUGAGCCAGCUCGUCGUCCCCAGGCAUGGACUGGUGCACGAGCUUCCCCUACUUUCACGCCUUCAGGCAGCUCUCCUCGUCCGCAACCAGCGCCCCCCGCUUCUUCAACCCCAACGCCGGGCCACCAGAACGGUGCCCGUUCAGACGCCGCUCGUGACCGCAUAUUGCAGUCCCUCACCGGCCUGACAGGUACCACGGUGACUCUCUUAACCAAAACAUCUCAGCGUUAUGAGGGCGUCAUCUUCUCGACAAGCUCAGAGGGCGACACGACUGGAGUUACAUUAAAGGACGUCAAGGAAAUAACAAACCCUGGUGCUUCUCUCAAGGAUAUCCUUUUUAUUGCAUCCACCAAUAUCGAGUCCUGGACCUCGGGACCAGCCGACGCGAAGAUCCCAAAUGGCGAUUCUUUCCGAACAGAUGCUGAUAUCAGCCAGAAGAAAGGCCUUGGAAGAGAACGCGAGUUACAAGCGUGGGUUUCAAGUGGGGACGGCUCAGUCCCUCCUGUGUUGACUGCUCCCGGCGACGAUGACACAUUUGGGCCUGGUUCGACCGGAAAUACAUCCUGGGAUCAAUUCACUGCCAACGAACAACUUUUCGGUGUAAAAGCCAGUUUCGACGAAGACAUAUACACGACAAAGCUGGAUCGAAGCGCACCAGAUUUCAAGGAACGGGAGCGCAAGGCACAACGCAUUGCAAAUGAGAUUAUCGGGAUAACUAAGGCCGCGACGAACAACCCGCACAUUGCUGAAGAAAGAGGAUUCAAUAUUGACGAUAGUGGCGUUAAUGAGGAAGACAAAUAUGGUGCUGUGGUCCGAGGGACCAAUGCUUAUGUCCCUCCAGGUGCUCGGACGAAAGGAGGCCUCUCUCCUCCCGUCAACAACGCGGCAAACGCAACGAAACCUGACAUUCCCAAGGUUUCCGUGAAUGGUCCAGAUGGUUCCAACGUUGUACCUUCAACGCAAUCGUCAUCCUCCCCUAAGCCUCCCUCUCCAGCCCCCCCUGGCCCUGGAGCUACAAAUAAUUCUAACAAGGCAAUCAGCUCAUCUAAUGUAUUUGCCGUUCAGCCUCCAGCGGAUCCCCUCCCUGCCUUCCGUGACUUUGUCACAAACGAGAAACAACGUUUGACUCAAAAACGACAGGCCCUCGUAAAAAGCGAAAUGGACAAACGAAUGGCGGAUUUGAUCAAAUUCAGUCAGAACUUCAAGCUUAACAAACCCAUCCCUGACGACCUUGUUUCGAUUCUUGCAAAAGACGAGGAAAAGCAACGUCAAAUCCGGGAGAAAGCGAACAAGGAUGCUUCCUCAGCUCAAGCAAGGUCCAUCGGUGCCUCCACUCCUGCUACUGCCUCUCGUGGCGUCGUCGCUGGCGCUAAGAUCCCAGAUUCUGCUCGCAAACCUGGUGCGGCGUUGCCCACAUCGAAGACUGUGGCGAGCAAUCUUGGCCAACACCCACCAUCAGCUGCCCAGAAGGUGACAACUGGUACGAAGACGACGAUAGAGCCCACAAACAAAAAAGCUGUCAACAUGUUCAUUCAGUCAAUUCCACCCUUCAAGGGCGGGAAAGCUAAGCAGCCGUCGAAUCCAUCUAUCACAGCUAGCGUUUCUACGCCCAAGGUUACCACCUCAAACACCAACGGGGCGACAGCAGCGCCAAGCCCGCCGGCUCAGACGCCCGCAUCGCCAAACACCGCCGCAAACAGGUUGAACGUCAACGCUUCUUCAUUCAGGCCAGUUGCAAAGUCUUCUGCUUCUCCAAAUCCCACACCAUCCGCUUCGGCGUCCCUCUCUCCAAGGCCCAAAUCUGAAUCGAGCCCUUCGACGCCUAACCCCUUUUACGGGACACGACCUUUCAAGAAAAGUCCGCCAGUCCACAUCAAGGAUGACUUUAACCCUUUCAAGCACAACAAAGUGGUAGAUGCUUCGCAAGUCUCUGCCAUUUGGCCUUAUAAUGGCAAGCGAUACAUGCAAAUGUUCCCCCCUUUGCAACACCCCUCUCAGCACCCCCACAUGGUCCCACCCAUUCCUCCCCCGAUGCCGCCUCCCUCGUACGAGGAAGAUUCCGCAGCCCAAGCCGCACAGCGUGGAUAUGUUUACGCGUACCCUUACGCAUAUCCAGGACAACCAAUGAUGCCUGGAAUGCCUCCCCCUGGUCCCCCUGGCACGUACAUGCCAGGACCAUUCAUGCAACAUAUGCCUUACCCUCCUGGAAUGCCACCUCCGAGCGAUGCCGCGUAA